UGUUUGGAGAAGUAUGAUGAUCGAAGAAAACAACAACAUGUCGUCUCUCCCUGUCAUGAAGCUCGCGGCCUUGACAUGCGUUCAACAGGCUGCAGGGGAACAACCUCUCUCUCAUGAUGAGGCGAUGGGUCGACUGCGACUUCUGGAAGUACGGUCUCCUCCUCUCACUGCGACUGCUGGUGCUGAGCGCGGACUGCAGGCAGGCUGCAAGAAGCAGGAUGAUCAAGAGCCAGAGGGUCAGCAGGGAAGGAGGGAUGUCACGGAGUGACCUGCUGUCCUUACCAGGUCCCUGUCUUCAUGUCCUGGAGCAAAGACGAUCCUUUCGUGGAGGAGGCGCUCUACCACGAGCUGAGCCAGACCCUGACCGGGGGGUGAGACAUUCUAUUUACAAACCUCUUCGGCAAAGAAUAAUUAGUUGAAAAGGCCUCGGCUCGUCUUCAACGACGGAGGUCACUUCAUCCAGGAGACACACGCCGAUGAGCUGGGGUCGGCCAUCCUUGACUUCUUGGCCUUGGAGGAGAUGCAAAGGUUGGCCGGGAGGGGUUAGAGAGAUCGGGGACCUUGAGCGUCGUGCCGACUCUGGCAGCUUCAAAAGACAACUUUGUUUCCUGUUUGACAAGGAGGAGGAGUGGUC